AUGGUUGCGGUCACUAUUUUUCUCUACGUUACGUCUAUUGCGAGCGCUACGCAACUUGUCAUCGGCACCGCUGCAACUUGCUUGCUGGGACUCAUACCAGCCAACGCGUACUUCCCCCCUGUUUGGUUCAGGUUGAAUCUCUUCGUGUGUUUGUACAAUCUUUACUGUUCUGAGCUCGUUGGUUAUAGGUGGCUGCGAUUCCUCAUACACAAACGUUACUCUGUCCCGCAUUCGGACUACCGCCACGGCGUGCGGUGUCUUAGCGGGAACAUCAUCACCCGAUGUCCCUUCCCUCCUCAUGUGUUGGAAGGUUCCGAGUUUCAUACGCGGGGUGGCGGGACGGUGGACCUGAAGCAUCUUGGGGAGAAGUGCCGGGAAGGAUGCUAUGACGGUGUGUUUGUUAUGCCGGUGCCAGUGCUACUGGAUAAUUACGCCUACUUUAUUCUGAGUUGCAAAACGAAGCGGUGCGCCGUAGUUGAUCCUGCUGAUCCAACGCUUGUACUUAAUAUGCUGGAAGUUGUGCGGAACCUCACGCAAAUUGAUUUUAUGAUAACAGACAUCCUCACCACCCACAAGCAUUGGGACCACGCCGGUGGAAACAUGGAGAUGCGUGCCCUGUCACAAUGCAGUAGUGAGAGGUGCCGCGCGCUACUCUCCCCGGAGCUUAACAUCUACGGCUCAGAGGUGGACAGGCCGCACGCCUGCAAUAAAUUAAUUAAGGGUAGUGAUGAGCUGGUUGUUGCAGGUGGUGGUGCCAAAGUCGUGGUGCUGUCGACCCCGGGCCACACCGGCGGGUCCGUUAUGUUUUUGGUUGGAGACGCGCUACCAAAGGAAGGUGAGCCGCAGCGGCUUGCACUCUUCACAGGUGACUGCGUAUUUUGUGGGGGUUGCGGUGCCCUCUUUGAGGCUACAUCAGUCGAUGAAACACUCGAAACUGUGGACAUUUUCAACAAUAAUCGCACAUGGGUGCACCCCGCAACCGGUGAUAUUAUACACACGGACGAUGUCCUAAUUUACGUCGGUCAUGAAUACACAGAAAGGUCCCUGGAUAUGAUAUUAUCGGUUCAAAGAACGGCGAAUCAAACUGGGGAACAGUCCGCGAUUGCGACAUCUAAUUACUGCGACACCGUCGCUCAGGCCAGAAAUGGGGCAAGGAGGCUUCGAAGUUGUGUUGUAGCAGAUGAUGUCUACAUGAAGGUGACUAGCAUGGAAACAAAAGCACCGUUGCAUUUACGUGCGUGCACGGUUCCGUCAACCGUCACCAUCGAGAAAAAGGUUAACGCACUUCUGUCGCUGAAGAGGUGUGUUUUAGAGGAAUUCCAGGGGAAACCGUACGCAUCAAUGGCUGUACAACGCGCCAUUUACACUUCCACCAAGCGGAACGACACGGGGUAG